GCCGGAUGCGGUCUGGAUCUGCAGGAUCUGCGCUCCACAUUCUGCUCCCUCUCUCUGCACUCACGGUCUGCUCGUCCUCUGGAGAAAUGGCAACAACCGUGACACUAAACACCGGUGCAAAAAUGCCCAUUGUGGGACUGGGCACAUGGAAGUCUCCCCCUGGCAAAGUCACAGAGGCGGUGAAAGCAGCCAUCUCAGCAGGUUACCGGCACAUUGAUGGAGCGUAUGUCUACCAGAACGAGGCGGAGGUGGGAGAGGGGGUUCAGGCCAUGGUCAAGGACGGCGUAGUCAAGCGAGAGGAUCUCUUCAUUGUUAGCAAGCUGUGGUGCACUUUUCACGAGAAGUCUCUGGUGAAGCAAGCCUGUGAGAAGACGCUUAGUGAUCUUAAACUGGACUACCUAGACCUCUAUCUAGUGCACUGGCCCAUGGGUUUCAAGGCUGGUAGUGAGCUUUUUCCUUUGGACGGCGCAGGAGAGACGAUCAGUGACAAUACUCACUUCCUGGAGACAUGGGAGGGAAUGGAAGAGCUGGUGGAUGCUGGUUUGGUGAAAGCAAUCGGCGUCUCUAACUUCAACAAGGCACAGAUUGAAGCCAUUCUCAACAAGCCAGGCCUCAAAUACAAGCCUGCCAGCAACCAGGUGGAGUGUCACCCGUACCUGACUCAGGAGAAGCUGGUCAACUUCUGCCACUCUCAGGGCAUCUCCGUGACGGCCUACAGCCCCCUGGGCUCCCCCGACAGACCCUGGGCUAAACCUGAAGACCCCUCACUGCUGGAAGAUCCAAACAUUAAAGCCAUUGCUGAGAAGCACAAGAAGACACCCGCUCAGGUCCUGAUCCGCUUCCACAUCCAGAGGAACGUGAUCGUGAUCCCCAAGUCGAUCACUCCUCAGCGCAUUCAGGAGAAUUUCCAGGUGUUUGACUUUGAACUAACUGAGGAGGAAAUUAAGACUAUAGUUGGAUUUAACAGGAACUGGAGAGUCUGUCCCAUGCAAUGGAGCCUGAAGCACAAGGACUAUCCAUUCAAUGCUGAAUACUGAAAUGACAUUUUUUUCCACAGGUUAACAGUGGGUAGUGGAGUUGGCAUCUCCACCCACUGAGCUGCUCUCUUUCCUAUUCUUAAGUGCAGUUUGCAAAAUAAGUGCGGCCUUGAAUCAUUUUUUUUAUUUUCAUGUUACAUUUCCCAGGAGAAAUAUUGACUUCUUUGGUAAUCCAUUUUGUCUCAAGGAAAACCAGUUUAUGCACAUGCAUAAUACUCCUUUAAAUCACAAUUUGAGAUGCUCAUCUGACACAAAUUAUGACCAUUGAGUAUGAGUUUUGCAAUAGUAUAAUUGAGUAUUCAUGUCUUUUCUCUACAAAGUCAUUUAUUGUUCUACCAGCCAGCAGGCACAAGUUUCUUAGCUCGCUUGAUUUUCUAGUUUAUUUUACUGUCUUGCUGAGUCAUGGUGUAGAGUAAAUUCUACUUUAUUACUUUGCUGUCAGUGGGAAAUUUUAAGUAACUGAAGAACAUAAAUGUGUGCCACAUUCAGUACAGAUUCACACAUUUUAAAGUGUGUAACUUUAAGUUAAUUCUGAUAACAGAAUUAUCAUGGACUUCAGUUAUUGUUUUAUUUGUAGUUGUCACGUUUGUAGUAGCACAUGUAUGAAGAAAUGUUUUCUCUGAAAAGGUCAAUUCUGUAUUUAAGUUGAAACACAUUUUUCAAAGCACUCCUCAUUUAACUAAACAUGUUUUUCCUUCAUAUCAGGACUUAUGCAUAUUGCAUAUAAGGUAAUUGCAAAAUAAAAGCACUGUUGACAUCAUAAGACAAGUCAAGGCAGUAUGUUCUGCUUUUUACAAAGUAUUUCCCACAUUUACUUGUGAGUCAUAGAUAGCACUUUAAGAUCAUGUGUAUUAUCCCUGUUAUGAAACAACUUCACUUCCUCUUCCUGUGGGAGCUGUUCUGUUGAGCACCAAAAUAAAGUCCUGUGGGAGAAAAUAAAACAAAACAGUGCAACAUUCCUAUAAAGCAGUGAAGACACCAUUGAGGCUAAAAAUAGUCUGCGCCUCUUGGUGACAUUGGGGUUCAGAAAACCCUAAUGGACCUUUCACACAGGACACGCUGGACAUAAUGGGUUUCAGAGCACAGUGGCACCGUUACCACUUUCUGUGUGAAAGGGCCCACUGGGGAACUGGGGGAGUGAAUUGAAUGAGCUGCUGUAGCAUUCAAAGGU